CUCGGUUUGUUUUCUAUUUUGGUCUGUUGCUUUUCCUAAUGGGCUGAUUCGAGUUUUGGUGGAAUGAUAAUUGUUGCCCUAUUUCUUCAUCAUUUAGAAUCUGUAAUGUGAUGCGUAUCAAUUGAGUUUAAAUCAUAGUUUUUUUUUUCUUUUUUUUAUUUAUUAAUUUUUUACUUUUGGGUUUUGAAGUGAGAUCUUUACCUUGACUUUGUGAUAAAUACCAUUUGUUUUCCCCAAUUCCUAACUAUGGGAUCUCUCUUUGGUCUGAGAAGUUGCCUCUCUUCUUGUUCCUAUUCUGCUUCUUAAUCAAUAAACCCCAUUGGUAAAGAAUCCAAAAUUUGGUAUAGUUAUCUUGAUGUAGGCUUUGAGUGUAAAUUGUAUGCUUUCUUCUAUUGGGUAUUGGGAUUCUAUUAAAAGCGGUUCUUAAUAUAGGAUUCAUGCUAGCUACAUAAUGGGCUCUGCAAAUGGAUUAGUGAGUGUACAGGGGAAGCAACCACUUUUUUCUUUUGGGGUUAUCUCUGAUGUCCAGUAUGCUGAUAUUCCCAAUGGCCAGUCAUUUAUGGGUGUCCCCAGGUACUAUCGGCACAGCAUUCAUGUGUUGCAAAGGGCUGUCCAAAAAUGGAAUAACCUUCAGAAGCUAAAAUUUGUGGUCAAUUUUGGGGAUAUUGUUGAUGGGUUUUGCCCCAAAGACCAAUCUCUAAAUGCUGUCCAGAAAAUAGUUGAUGAAUUCAAGAAUUUUGAUGGUCCUUCCUAUCACAUGAUUGGUAAUCACUGCCUCUACAAUUUGCCUCGUAACAUGUUACUUCCUCUACUGAAUAUUCCCAGUUUUGAAGACCGUGCCUAUUAUGAUUUUUCUCCAACCCCCACUUACAGAUUUGUAGUUCUUGAUGGCUAUGAUAUAAGUGCCAUUGGUUGGCCUUCAGAUCACCCAAAAACAUUGGAGGCUUUGAAAUUUCUUCGAGAGAAGAACCCAAAUUUGGACAAGAACAGUCCAGUUGGACUGGUGGGCCUUGAGAGACGGUUCUUGAUGUUCAAUGGAGCAGUUGGGAAGGAACAAAUGGAGUGGUUGGACUGUGUACUUCAGGAUGCGACAAAGUUAAAACAGAAAGUAGUUGUCUGUUGCCAUCUGCCUUUAGAUCCUGGUACAUUGUCCCCAGAAGCACUUUUGUGGAACUAUGAUGAAGUAAUGGAUGUUAUACACAAGUACAAUUGUGUGAAAGUUUGCCUAUCUGGACACGAUCACAAAGGUGGUCACUCUAUUGAUUCCCAUGGGAUACAUCAUCGUGUCCUUGAAGCUGCCCUGGAGUGUCCUCCAGGCUCAGAUGCAUUUGGGUAUAUAGAUGUUUACGAUGACAGGUUAACACUUUCUGGUACUGAUAGAAUGGAGAGCACCGAUAUGAUUUUCAGUCCUUGAGCAGCCUCCAGAGAGUAUCAGCAUUUAGAAUCAUACAGCUCAUUAUUUCUAAAAUGUUUUAGACUGUACACUAACCAUAGAUGAACCAUUAUCAAAGCUUGAGAUGGCUCGAUGUUGAGUUCGAGUUUCUUGCAAGUGAUUGGGAUAAGUAGCCAGUGAGUUUCUGCUCGAGGAUGCAACUGAAUAGUCUCCCAAGUGCACAAAUUUACAUGGGACUCCCAGGUGUGCUCUGCCUUUGGUUUCUGCUAGAAUCUAUAAUUCUAGAACCUCCCUUGGACUGGCUUAUAUACAAACUUAUAUUUAUCAGAGCAAAUGAUGGAAUGUUACUUUUACUUUUUAAUAGCUUGGUGUUACAAAUAUGCAUCUCAGAGGCGUUUCAAUAUUUUCUUCCCAAGUCAUCAACUCAUUUGAUUUGGAUUCUUUUUA